GGCCCUUAUUAACUUAACAAAACUUGACUCUAUUUUUGCCCAACCGAUCGUCCACCAAAGCAGCCGGACUUUUUGCCUGAUCGUCGCUUUUGGUUCAAAGCAGUACAAACGGUCGUGGGGAAUUCGGUGCGCUAGUACUGUCGGUCUUUGUUCCCUCCUUUUUUUUUUCUGUGUCAAUUAUAUCUGGUCUCCUGCUUUUUCCCUCCUUGAUCUCUUUGUCUGUUUUUCUUUGACUAUUACCCCUCUUAAAAGUAAAAUUUGGGUUUUCUUGGAUAGUAUUCCCUGUUUAUAUCAAGAACCGGGACACAAGGGCACGGCACCACCAUGUCGGACGACGAAGCAGAUCCCGAAUUGCUCGCUCUUUUACGCAAGUCGCUUGGGCUAGGGGGAGGGGCAGCAAACCCAGGUGCAGCAGAGACUAAAGUUUUGGAAAAUGCGCAGUACGUUUUCGACAAUGCUAUUGAUGUCGCAUUGAACUCUUCCAAGACCAAAGAAGCUGCCGAGACCAUCUGGCGCUUGAUGCAGAAAAAGGAAUAUUCCACGCAGACAUGGUCGGAGCAUGAAUUACAUCCCAAGACCAAGGAUGAAAGUACCGUGGAUUUUAUUUUCGCCAUGGAUUUGCUGAAUUUCAGUUUCUGGUCGGAGCACCCGGAGGAGACACGCUUCGCUAUCGAAUAUCGCGGCAAGAAGUGGACUGGGUACUGGAGCUUGGUGGCUGCGUUGCAGAGGGCUUUGGAUGAGGAGAUCCCCAUUACGAGCCCCUACUUCUGGGUGAAUGAGGACGAAUGUUCUGAGUCUAUGCUCAAGCAUGUAUUUCGAUCGGUAACUGAUGAGGAGAUUCCUCUCCUGCAAGAGCGUCUUCAGUGCCUGCGACAAGCAGGCCGAGUCUUGUGUGAGGACUUUGACGGUAGUUUUGUCAACUGUAUCUAUAACGCCAACUACUCAGCGGCGUCCCUCGUGAACCUCAUGGCUGAGAGUUUCCCCUGUUUCCGGGAUGAAACCAGCUUUCAGGGACGGAGGGUCCGGCUCUAUAAACGCGCACAAAUCUUAGUCGCAGACCUGUGGGCCUGCUUCAAUGGCGAGGGCCUUGGCGAAUUCCAUGAUAUUGACAAAAUCACAAUGUUUGCAGACUACCGAAUUCCUCAGAUACUAAACCAACUCGGUUGUCUUAUGUACUCUCCACCUCUGGAAAGUCAUAUUCGUGACCUUAAACCGAUCCCCAGUGGCUCUACUUGGGAGGUCGAACUGCGCGCAACCAGCAUCUGGUGCGUCGAAUUGAUUAGACGAGAGAUUGAGAAGAACCAUCCAGACGCGAAACCUAAAAUAAAACCUACACAAUCUAACGGACAUGCGGCCAGUGUGGACCGCCGCCAAAGCCUCACCACAUCGGCACUAGACGAACAGAGAAAGUGCACCACACAAAAACACAUUACACAGACCAGCUCUGCUAAGCCCGCAUCGUCGGGCGUCAAUGCAAUCUUGAUAGAUUUCUUCCUGUAUGACACUAUGAAAGAGUUGGAAAGAGACGGAAAGGAACAGCUUCCCCAUCAUCGCACAAGGAGUAUUUGGUAUUAAGAAUUAGAAACACUUUGCUUUACCUGUUGAUUAUUGGUCAAUAUACCCUUGGCUAUUACUGUUAGGGGAUUGGGUUCUCCGGUGCUUUUCUUUCUUUCUUUGCUGUUUGGGGAUUUGGAUAGACAUUGAUACCAUUUCUUUGCUUUUCUGCGCUGGUAGCAGCGAUGUCUUUUUGGAUGGCCAUUUAGAGCCCAUGACCCACGACCCACGACAUAGACUCCCUUAUAACAAUGUUAUCUGACCCUCAGGAGACCGGUCGUUAGCCCGAACUCUGCUAACUGUCCAGCCUUUUGUUCACACCUUUUAAAAUCUUUCGGAGAUAUAACUGGAAGCACU